UUCAGAUAUCGAUAAAUAUCAUUGUGUUCGAGAUUUCCUGUUAUAGCACAGCCGAGCUGUUCUGUUACCAAGGUUGGGUAGAAGAUAGGGGAAAAUGCUACCGAGUACUUGAUACAACAGAAACUUGGAACCAUGCAAGGCAACAGUGUGUCGCCAUGGAAUCAGCUCUAGUAACAAUAAAUGACAUCACGGAACAAACGUUUAUCCUUCAAAUGAUGUCAUCGUUAGCAACCACCAAUCAUUGGAUCGGUUACUUUAAAAAUUUAAGUGCUUUGUUUUCUCUAAAUGAACUUAAAAUACAAGUCUUUUACUAUACUAUUCCAUCAUCCUUACCCAAAAUUUUGGCAUUUUUGUUAUCGUUUGCUUAUAGAUAAAAGAUAUGUAAGGAAGUUAACAUACAGAACUUCAUUGCUAUUUAUAAAAAUCUGGCCUUGCCUUUUCAACUUUUAUGCUCUUGAAGACACUUUGUAUAAAAGUCAUUGUAAAAUCUAUGAAAUAAUUAACUUUUUUGCAAUUCUUUCUUUGUCGUCAAAAAUAUUCACAGAAACAACAUUUGAGUAGGAAGUAAGUGAAUUAUAAUUUUGUUGUUUGUAGGGAACAAAUUGGCGAUGGACAAAUACUUUAAACACAUCGCUAAAUCACUUGAAUAUCACCAACAUAGCUUCAGAUGAGGACUGUGCAGCAAUCACAAUGAUGGGUAUAUGGGAUCCUACCAAGUGCUCUAAUGACCUCCCAUAUAUAUGUGAAUCUGAGAUAAAAGAUUGUCCAACAUUUGAUGGAUGGUUUGUUUUCGACACACAAUGUUUAUACGUAACCCCUAAUUCUAGUAGCUGGGCCGAAGCUAGAUCAACCUGUAAAAGACUAGGUGCAGACCUAUCAUUUAUGAAGACUCCAUACUCUGAAAAUCAUCUCCUCCUGUCAAAUGGAGUGACAGCAAGAGUUUGGAUAGGAUUAAAGUAUUAUAGCAGUCAUUCUAAAUACACCUGGUUGGACGGGUCUCAUUUCAAUAAGUUACAGAACAACGCUGUCUUUCCAAGCAACGGGUGUGGGACAAUAAGUAUUAACGAAACAACAGGUAAAGUGGAAAUCAGAGGUUAUCCUUGUAACACACAACUGCAAGGACUUUGUGAAAAAGCAAUAAAUCGAGAAUUACCAACGCCAGCUUCUACAUCUAAGAAUGUAUACACAAGUAUUUCACCGGAAACCAGAGGUACAACAGCGAUGAUUGUACCGACGGAAAGAUUUCCUGGCUUCCAUGAAACUUUGUACAGUACGACCGUCAGUCAGUCUACAACAAUAUUACAGGAAGAACCUGGUGCUUUGGUACAUUUGGUAGAAUGUUUGACUGAUCUUAACGAUGAAUAUGUUAAUGACUGCAUACGAGACAUUUUCUUGUCAUUUGAUAGUCUAUGUAAUCCUGAUUACCACCGACCUUACGAUAACAACGCAGGCCGAGCUGAACUUUACACCAAUCAAUUUUACAAGCGUUUUGUGGAACAUUUUGAAAGCUUCGUAGAAAAGAACAUGACAUUCUCCUUGUGUCAACAGACCAGAAUGAAUUCAUUUUUGAUUGUUGAAAGGAUACUGCUACAGACCUAUUUAUUAUCAAACAUCAGUGUGAAUGAGAGCUUGCAUUUUAUUUCACAAAUGAUAGAACUCCGUUUACGAUAUUUGGUAUCCGAUUUAGCAAGUAAAAAUACACUUCCAUUUGAAAGCCAAAUAACGGGAUGUCUGGUAAAUCAAAUAAGACCAGUGACAACGUCUGGUGAUAUUGACAUAGUAUUUGCUGUCAUUAAUAAUGAGGAAAUCUUAGAGGUUGAAACAGACAAAAGUUUCAGUGUUCAAUUUGUCCAGUACUAUCUCGUUAGUCCAGUGCUGAUUAUUUGUGCAUUUCAAGAUGGCAGGAAAACAUCAGUUGGCCAUACAUUUAUUAUGACCUAUCAUACAGCCAGUGAUAUUGCUAAAGAAAGGCAUCUAAAUAUAACACAACAUGAGGUUGUCUGCGCCUUCUAUGACACAACAAGAAAGGUUUGGUCGUCUGCUGGUUGUGAUGUACUAGAUAUUGACCUAUUUACUGUAAAAUGUACAUGUAACCAUACAACAAGUUUUGGAAUUAUUAUGAAAGUACAUAUGUAUCAGAUAUCUAAGGAGGAUGAGGUGGCUCUUAGUAUUAUAACAUAUAUAGGCUGUAGUAUCUCUAUAGUAACAAUGUUUAUCGCUCUCACAGUUUUCACGUGCAUAAGAUCGUUGAAUUCUGAGAGGGUUUUUGUACAUAGGAACCUAUGCAUUGCAAUAUUGUGUUCCCAGGUUCUAUUUUUAGCCGCCGGAAAAGCUACUCGCCACAAGAUGGUUUGUCGAAUCACAGCAUUAGUAUUACAUUACUGCUUUUUGUCGAUAUUUGCCUGGAUGUUGGUAGAGGGUCUUCAUCUCUACACUAAAGUCGUGCAGGUUUUCGGAACAGAUAAUGCGCGAAACACAUAUUAUCUUUGCUUUGGAUGGGGGCUUCCUUUAGUUCUCGUUAUUAUAUCGUCUGUAGCAGACUGGGAAGGGUAUGGAACAGAAACAAGCUGCUGGUUGUCGAUUGACCGGAAAACUAUUUGGGCAUUCAUAGGACCGGCCAUUGCUGUGAUCGUGGUUAACCUAGUGAUUUUAAUCAUGGUUUUGCGUGUCGUGAUAAAAAAAACUGAUCGUAACUCAAAAAAGGAUCAAAUGAGAGCUGCUAUCAAAGCGGCACUAUUCUUGCUGCAUUUACUUGGACUGACAUGGAUAUUUGGUCUCCUUGCCGUCAACCGACGUCUCAUCGUCUUUGAGUACAUCUUUGCAACAAGUAAUUCAUUACAGGGUUUCUUUGUUUUUCUAUUCCACUGUGCUUUAAACACUGAGGUACGUCAAGCUCUUAGACGUGUGCGUGACCGUCGAGCUAUAUUGAACGAGAAUAUCAACACUGUGUCAAUGUCUACAUCAGGAUCAGACUCGUCUUCUCUUGCAGUUGAAGGGACGUUUAGAUUUCGUCUUAGUUAUAACGGCGGGUACAACGCUGCAAUAUCAACCAGAGAAGCACAAUUGCAAAUGCCAUAAGUCGUAAAGAUUUUGAACCGGACACAUUUGCCACUGGGAAAGAAACUAUUUCAGAAAGUCUUGCAUACCGUGGACCCGUUAAAAAUCAGACAAUGAAAAGUUCUGUUCCAGACACACUUCCUCUCAUCUACAUAUAACACGAGAGCAGGCCAACACCGUCCAAAUAUCACGACAAUAAAUUAUCUGUUUUAACCGAACAAAAAGAUUUUGGGGCAACAUUUGUUGACUUAUAUUGUUAAUGGUGUCAUUACAUGUCUUGAUAGCCAUAACUAAACUACAGAUACCCACUUGCAGUUCAAAUGGUUUUAUUUCUUUUAAGGGAUAAUUCUAAUUCAUAUUUGUACAAUGAAUAAUGAAAUCGUCUGAACUGCGAUGCUCCUAACUAAACGUUUAAGCAUUGGUGAGCUUAUGUUUACUUUCAAUCUGUUAGAAAUUAAUAUUAUAGCUAUUUGCUUCUUGAAAUAAUCUUACUGGUGUAUGUUUUGAAUAAAGAAUAUUGUGCGAAUA